CAGUGCUCAUGCACACUAGUGAAUGACAAUUAUCGAAGUAAUAAUAUAGUUACAUUCACGAAUUAUAUUACAAUUCUAUUGUCUACGUCGUGAUAUCACAAAAGAAAUGAAAUUCAGCAAAAAUGUUGAUAACCAAUUAGACGAAUAAUGAAAGUAAACAAAUAUAGGACAAGAUGGUCAAUUGAUAAUCAUUUGUAGUCUGACCAAGAGUAGUCUGCGCUUUUAUUAUCGAAGUGAUUUGUAAGAAUCAUUUGAAAAGAUUAGCUUAUCAAAAUGCUGAAAGAAAAGAUACCAUGGGUUAGGUGUUUAAUGCUUGUGCCAAAUGCUCUGGCAAUUUUGGUCUUUAGUACAGUUGUCGGUUCUUCCAACACUGGAGAGGCUCCAGCUCUGAAUCCAAUUGUUAAUAUAGCUAAUUAUAGUUUUCCAUACACAUGCUCUAUCAAUUCUUCUACAGAAUUUGUAUUUCUCUUUGGAGAAGAAGAUAAAAAUUUUACAGGUGGAGCUAGAAUAUAUGUACAAAGUGAAGAUGCCGAUAACGAUUACCCACUAAUUGUUGUUGUAAGACAAAAAAAGGGUAUUCUUUCAUGGCAAGUGCCUCUGUUAGUAGAAAAUAAAAAUUUAGCCAAUCCUAUACCUUAUCGUGAAACAAGCAGAACAUUGUGUCCUUCUAAUUAUUAUAAAGAUAUCAGAUUUCACAAAGCUGAUCAGUAUGUUACAGUUAGUAUAUCUACUGCUAGUAUUAAAAAUAUUUCAUUUUUCUUGAGGCUUAAUCCAAUGAAGCAUGAAGAAUUUUAUUUGAAAUCUGGAGAAAAAAGAAAUUAUACUAUUACACCUUCGAAACCUGUCUAUUUUGGCUAUGAUUUUGAAGGUUUAACUGAUAGCUCAUCUGUACUGAUUAGUAUUAAGUCUGAAUCAUUAGUUUGUAUGACUUUUUCAAUUCAAAACACAUCGUGUCCUGUGUUUGAUUUGGAGAGAAAUAUUCAAUAUGCUGGAUAUUGGCAAACUGUUAGUAAACAAGGAGGAAUAACAGUGCCAGUAAUUUUAUUUUUAUUGCAGAAAAUGAAAUACCCUAAUGGAUUUUUCAUAGUGUUAGUUGUAAACACAGAUGACAGUGAAUGUUCAACAGAUGAAACUAUUAUUGAUCGAUCAAAAUAUGUUGAAGUUGAGAUUCAAAAUAGCAUUACUACAAAUGAAUAUGUUUUUGCAUCACUCUCUGUAUUAGGAAUGUUUACAGCAUUUUGUACAAUAUAUAUUAUUGGUUCUAUAUGCUGUAAAGUUCAUCAUUCAAGAAUAUUACGAGAACAGUCCAUUCAAGAUGACUUGGAUCAAGCACAGCAGGAAGCUCAAUCACCAAUUCCUCAGUCUUCUUUAGGUUUCCAAGAAAUUAUGCCAGAAGAUGAUUCUUCUCUUGAUGAGGAUGAUAUCGAUCUUAUGGAGGAUGCUCUACGUGAUAAAGAUGUUAUUCGCACAAAAUUGGUUCUUUCUGUUUGCGAUCUAGCCAGAAAGGAGCCGAAAAUUCUUAGAAAAAAAUCACGCCUUUAUGUUUACUAUCUUAUUACUAUAGCUAUAUUUUAUAGCGCUCCUGUGAUACAAUUAGUUGUGACUUACCAAAAUGUUCUUCAUGUCACUGGGAACCAAGACCUAUGUUACUAUAACUUUUUGUGCUCUCAUCCAUUACAAUUUUUAUCGGAUUUCAAUCACGUCUUCUCCAAUUUAGGAUACAUUUUGUUAGGCUUGCUGUUUAUUUUUAUAGUUUACAUGAGAGAGAGAUAUGAUGACAUAUUGUAUCACAUAGAUAGAGGUUUUGGUAUCCCACAACAUUAUGGAUUAUUUUAUGCAAUGGGAUUUGCCUUAAUGAUGGAAGGAGUACUAUCAGGAAGUUACCAUCUUUGUCCAAAUCACAGUAAUUUUCAGUUUGACACAAGUUUUAUGUACAUUAUUGCAGUGCUAUGUAUGGUCAAGAUUUAUCAAAAUCGUCAUCCGGACGUCAACGCUCAGGCUCCCGUCACUUUUGGAGUUUUGGCAAUUACUAUACUCUUAGGACUAAUCGGGGUUCUCGAUGGUGAAUUGUGGUUCUGGAUAUUAUUCUCAAUUAUUCAUCUUUCCAUGUGCCUCUUUUUAAGCGCGCAAAUUUAUUACAUGGGUCGUUGGAAAUUUAACGGAGGCGUAUUUCAUCGAAUGAUGCUGACGAUGAAACAUGAUGCACGUUCAGGAUUGAUAUAUUUAUUCCGUCCGCUAUAUUGGAGGCGUCUACUACUGCUUAUUCUUUGUAAUUUCUGCAAUUUUGGACUUGCAGUUUAUGGAAAUAUGCAUCAUAAACAAGAUUUCGCGACCUAUUUAUUGCAAGUUCUUAUGUCGAAUCUAAUUCUUUAUACAUUCUUCUACAUAGUUAUGAAGCUGUGCAAUCGAGAGAAAAUAAUGUUUCAACCGUUGAUCUACCUGAUUCUUUCAUUUUUUACGUGGGGUGGCGCUCUUUUCUUUUUUACCAACAAAACCAUUUCGUGGGCUCUGACUCCGGCGCAAUCAAGAACACAUAAUCGUCCAUGUAUCGUCUGGAAUUUCUUCGACUAUCACGAUAUUUGGCAUUUCCUCUCAGCUCUGGCAAUGUUUUUCUCAUUUAUGGUGCUGCUUACACUCGAUGACGAUUUGGCUAAUGCUCAUCGUACUCUGAUUCCCGUCUUCUAAGACGUUUACUAUAAAGUCAUUAUUCUGAUUGCUAAUUUUUUUAUAGAGUUGAAAGUUUUGUAAAGUUGUGAAUAAAAAGACUGUGAUCUCAUGACAUAUUUUUAAUUAAAGUUUUUAACUCAAGUUGAAGUUGAAGAUUAUUGAGAAAAUUAUAUGAAGAUUUAUCUCAUAGCGUUAGUUGUUCAAAUCUUAUUUUUUAUAACGUAGUAGUUAUCACCACAAUAAGGAUUUGAUUUGAAAUAAUAAAAGUUUUUUGAUA